AUGGUGCUAUCCUGCUGGCUCGGCUCUCAGGUGCCCUGUCUUGCUUUCUCGGAUUUCCCCUUCCUUGGUUGUGAUGUGAGUCAGUUAAGCCUGAAGAUUUAGGAAGAGGAGAAAGCAGACAGACAGCUGUCCUGAGCAGGAAAGAGACCCCAGAUGGGGAAGAGCUGCAAGGUGGUGGUUUGCGGCCAAGCCUCAGUCGGAAAAACAUCAAUCUUGGAGCAGCUCCUCUAUGGGAACCAUGUGGUUGGUUCCGAAAUGAUAGAGACCCAGGAGGACAUCUACGUGGGCUCGAUCGAGACGGACCGCGGGGUGCGGGAGCAGGUGCGAUUCUACGACACCCGGGGCCUGCGGGAGGGCGUGGAGCUCCCCAAGCACUGCUUCUCCGGCACGGACGGCUACGUGCUGGUGUACAGCACCGCCAGCAAGGACUCUUUGAAGAGGGUGGAGCUGCUCAAGAAGGAAAUCGACAAGUGCAAGGAUAAGAAGGAGGUCACCAUUGUGGUUCUGGGCAACAAGAGCGACCUGCAGGAGCAGCGGCGCGUGGACCACGACGCGGCCCAGCACUGGGCCAAGGGCGAGAAGGUGAAGCUGUGGGAGGUGUCCGUGGCCGACCGCCGGACGCUGAUCGAGCCUUUCACCUACCUGGCCAGCAAGAUGACGCAGCCACAGAGCAAGUCCGGCUUCCCGCUGAGCCGCAAGAACAAGGGCAGCGGCUCCAUGGACGGCUGAAGGCCUGGCCUCCCCUCCCCCGCCACCUCGCUCCCAUGGCACAUCCACCCUCUCUGAGCUCUGGGGCGUUGGCACGAAGCCUGCUGAUGGGAGGGAGCUCCUGGAGUGGGUGGGGGGCUCGGCCCCUGGCCACACUAGGCAGCAUGGCGAGGACCUGGUGCCAGGGAUGGUCACUGGGGGCAGUGAAGACGCCUGGCCCAUCCCUGCUGCCUGGAGGGGGAAGGCGGCCUUGGACGGCUGGUCUGAACUCAGGAUUCGCCCAGACCGUGCCCCGGGAGCCCUGGCCUGGUCUCUGCUCCCAAACCACAGGCUAGACAAAACUCUUGGCAAACACACUCCUUGUCUUGGCAGGGGCCUGCGAAGGCCUCACCGGCCCAACCUCCAUUUGGCCCAUUGUAACCCUUGCCCUGACCCUGGAGGGGAGCGUUCUCUCCACCCCAAGAUUAUGACACUACCUAGCACCUUCCUCCCCUCUCCACCUGGGCCGCAGAAUGCCCCAGCCUGUCUCCCCGCAGUUCCUCCCUGUAGGCCGGCGCUGGAAGGUGGGCUCUGAGUUCGUCCUCCAGGCCUCUCUGCCCACCGACAGGCACCUGCAAAUCGCCCUCUCUCUGCAGCUGGGGAGGCGGAUGGUGCUGCACCCACCUCCCCGGGGGCUGCGUAACUGCCUCCCUGAAGAGCGUGAGGAGCAAGGACUGCCCUGGGUCCCUGCCGCCCCUUCACUGUCCCCUGCCGCCCCCCAGCUCUUUAACUGCCUGAGCAGCAGGGAAAUGCACCUGGCCCCUCUGCAGCUGCGGAAUCGGGGCGCUCGGGUGAGGCCAGGCUGCGCAGAGCUCGGGUUUAGGUUCAUUAAGCUCAUUAGAGCCUCAUCAGUGUCCAGCAUGUCAGAGAUGCCUGCAGGGCAGCCCUGAUCCGCUGCCUCUUCCCAUGCUGUGAUCCCAGGCCGAAGGCCAGGCCAAGCCAUGGUGUCGGGGUGGCGCCCCUGCCCCUGAUCCCGCUACGGGAGAGCCGAAGACCCCAGCAUGUGGAGCUCACUGCAGAAGCCUGGGUGGGGGCCAGCCGUUUGCAUCGCUCGUUAGGCAGGUGCCGCUCAGCUCAGCCUCAUUGCUGACGAGCAGCUGGCCCCGGGGGGACACGUUUCCGACCUGCAGCUCUGGGGGAAGGGGUCGGGCUGCAGACGUGGCCUCAGCAGGCUGUUAAAAUUGUCAGUUGGCCAAGAACCAAGGGUUAGUUUUAGAUGGUCCCUGAGUUUCUCCUUGGCCAGGAAUUUGGGACAGGCGCGAAUGUGCUUUGGCUGCUGGGGGGGGGGGGGGAGGAGGAUGACUAGGGUCCCCUGGAUUAGCCCACCCAGCAGCAGGGCACAUGCCAGUGUUGGGAAGUGAGGCUGGUGGGUUUUUUUUAAUGAUUGCAUGUAUGUAAUCUCAUGUCAGAGGCGUGUAGAGCCGCUUCCUCCUGGUCAGCAAUCGCCGUCAAUAAACUCAGCUGCUUUUGGA